AUGGCAUCGAUCGACGUCGCGCCCGAAAUUUGCGUGCGCUCGAGCAAAGACGUUGUUUUCGUCAAGGAAAUUGGUGGAGGCAUGCUCGGCGCCGUCUUCGUCGCAAAGACGUUGAGCACACUCACAACGUGCUGCGUCAAAGUCAUGCACAAAUGGAAAGUCGCGCAUUUAGAUCAAGAAAAAAACGUCUCACGUGAGCUCGAGCUCAUGAAACGAUUCGAUUCGCCGUUCCUGACGCGCGCCUUGGGCGCGUUUCAAGACGCUCGCGCGUUGUACUUGCUCAUGGAUUAUCUUCCCGGCGGCGAUUUGUUCCAGCUCUUGGUGAGCGGACCAUUCAGAGGUGGACAAUUCCCCGUCGAUAUCGCUCAAUUUUAUGCUGCCGAAGUCCUCGUGGCGCUCGAGUACAUUCAUGCGAACGAGUACGUGUACCGCGAUUUGAAGCCCGAAAACGUCCUCAUCGACGCCGACGGGCACAUCAAGCUCACUGACUUUGGCUUUUGUCGCCGAUUAUUACGAGGCGAACGCGCGUACACGACAUGUGGCACCGCGGAUUACAUGGCUCCAGAGGUCAUGCUCGCGCAAGGAUACGAUCAGCUCGCCGAUUAUUGGUCAUUUGGCGUGCUCUUGUACGAAAUGCUUGUCGGUUACGCCCCAUUCGCGAGCGCGAACGACGGCGCUCGUCACCGUCGCAUCGUCACUUCCGAUCUAAAAUUUAGUACCGCAUACUUUCCUCUCACCGCAAAAUCCCUCAUUUCUCGUCUAUGCGUCGUGGACGUGUCGCGAAGACUGGGAUCGAGCGCGCGCGGCGUUUGGGAUUUGAAGAGUCACAAUUUCUUCACGGUCGAUUGGGCCGACGUCACCAUGCGUCGCCUCGCACCACCGCACGUGCCUGCGCGCCGCGAGCUCGAUUUUACUGAAAAUUCUGUGUCUAGGCACAAAUCGCGCGAGAUCAUCAAGGCGCUCGAGCGCCGAGGCGAACGCGAAAGAGCCGAGUGCGGCGCGCCCGCGCAUCGUUCGCAAGGAGAUGAGUUUCGUGGAUUUUAA